UCAAUGUGCUGGAUCUCGUUCCAUUGUUCAAAACCUUCAUUCAUUUCAAGCAAAUAAUAGUUUCACAUGCAUAUGUACGUGCCCUAAACAUUCAAAACCCUACGUACGUCAACAUCUCCGAAAAAUAAAAAUGGCGAAAAGGAGCAUGUGUGUUUUUUUGUGCGUGACUUUGUUCAUGGUUGGGUUUUCGGAGUGUUCGAGCACGAGCACGUUCCUCUACAGCGGGUGCACGCAGCAACGGUACACUCCCAACUCGCCCUACGAGUGGAAUAUCAACUCGCUACUCACCUCGCUGGUGAACUCAGCGACGUACUCGGCUUAUAACAACUUCACUGUGGUGGGGUCCACUCAGCAGGACGCGGUGUACGGGCUCUACCAGUGUCGCGGCGACCUCGCCAUGCCGGACUGCGCCGCGUGCGUGGCGCGCGCCGUCACCCGCGCCGGCGACAUCUGCCGCGGCACGUGCGGUGGCUCGGUGCAGCUCGACGGCUGCUUCGUGAAGUACGACAACGCGACGUUCCUCGGCGCGCAGGACAAGGCGGUGGUGCUGAAGAAGUGCGGGCCGUCGGUAGGGUACAACCCCGAUGCCAUGGGGAGUCGCGACGCCGUGCUGGCCGGACUCGCCGCCGCCGGGGGGAACUUUCGCGUCGGCGGGUCUGGCGGGGUUCACGGCGUGGCGCAGUGCACCGGCGAUCUCAGCUACGGCGAGUGCCAGGACUGCGUGGCGGAGGCGAUCUCGCGGCUGAAGAGCGAUUGCGGCACGGCGGAUUACGGGGACAUGUUUCUCGGGAAGUGCUACGCGAGGUACUCAGUGGGUGGGGCCCACGAUGAGUCCAAGGCCCACGACAAAUCGAGUCAUGGAGGUGUAAAGAUAUUUUCUAUAGUUAUUGGAUCAUUAGCGGGAGUAGCUAUAAUUAUUAUUUUCCUUGCUUUCUUGAGCAAGAUUUGUGGGCGACAGGGUAAAUAAAUUAAAUUAAGUUUGUGACUCAAAGUGGCACCAGCACUUGUCGAUCAGUUUUCACUUGUUGCCCUACUAUCACCUUUAUUGGUUUGCUUUUGUACCUCUUUUGCUUUUCUUUUUCUUUUUUUAUUUUCCUUUUCUGUUUCAAAUUUAAAAUUCAAUUCGAAAGAGAACUUUGAACCUUGAGGAGGAUACCAUAUGGAAAAAAAAAAUGCACAAUGAACAUUUGUAUUUGAAAUUUUGAAGACAAGAAAGAUAGAGGGGGAGUGAGCUAAGAGAUUCUAGUUACUUUCCACCCCACUUCACUAAGCUUGUGUUGUCAAAUGUCUCAUUCUUGUAAAGAAAAAAUGAAUAUAUUAUUCUUUUGUUUCUUUAA